GACGUAGAGCCUAGCAACAGCGCAGGCUCCCGGCCAAGUCCGUUAUGGCCGCUGUCGCCCAAAGGAGGAUGAGUGGGGCUGUGCAAGCGAAGCUGCCGCCCAAGCUGGGCAUCCAGGUCCCCGGAGGUCUGGCGCGGCCGCUGGUCCUGGUGCUUCUGCUUGUGUCCGCCACCAUGUCCAGUGAUCAAUCUCUAGCUGUUUCACCGAGCCAAACUGUACUCAAGCCAGAUGUUUCUACUCCAAAUAUGAGUGCUGUUUUAACCCGUGAAAACCAAACCAAACCAUCUAUUUCCCAGAUCAGCACCACUCUCCCUCCCACAACUAGUACAGAGAAAAGUGGAGGGGCAUCUGCAGCCCCUCAUCUCUCACCUACGACUUCUCUGUCUCGAGAGGAAGCUGAUAACAACGAAGACCCCAGCAUGGAGGAGGAGGACCUCCUCACACUGAAUAGUUCUCCUUCUACCGCCAAAGACACUCUGGACAAUGGAGAUUACGGAGAACCGGACUACGACUGGACCACCAACCCCAGGGACGAUGAGUCCAGUGAGGCUUUGGAAGAAAACAGGGGCUACCUGGAAAUCGAACAGUCAGUGAGAUCUUUUAAGACCCCAUCCUCAAAUAUAGAAGAGGAAGAUAGCCAUUUCUUUUUUCAUCUUAUUAUUUUUGCUUUCUGCAUUGCUGUUGUUUACAUUACAUAUCACAACAAAAGGAAGAUUUUCCUUCUGGUUCAAAGCAGGAAAUGGCGUGAUGGUCUUUGUUCCAAAACAGUGGAAUAUCAUCGUCUAGACCAGAAUGUUAAUGAGGCAAUGCCUUCUCUGAAGAUUACCAAUGAUUAUAUUUUUUAAAGUACUGUGAUUUGAGUUUGCUUAUUAUGUAAUUUUAUUUGCUUGACUUUUUAUAUGAUACUGUGCAGAUGUUUGCCAUAGGCUGUAGGUAUUAAAUGAGAGGUGGGUCUCUCUUUACUUUGCCUUGGUGCUUUGGAAAUUAAAUAUCACAAACAAGGAGUAUGUAAUUUUUUAUCUACACUUUUAGAGGUGAAUUCAAUCAGGUGUCCAAAAUGUGGAGCUAAACAUUGUUAGUUUUUAUUGUUUCAGAUUUCUUCAUUGUACUUCUGGAAGGAUAGGUAAUGCUACUUUUAAAAGAUCCCAAACUUGUAACUAAAUUCUAACAUAUAUGGUAGUGCUGCUGACUCAGAUUCUCUUUCUGCCAUCCAAAUAACUUUUUUUUAAGGACACAUUUCUUUGUGCUCCCAAACUAUAAUCUACAAGGAUGUAUGUAAUAAAACUUUGCAUAUAAAUAACAUUUUUCUCUCCAGGAAAAGUUGCUUUGGAUAUUUUUGGAUAAUUUAAACAUAAUUUAAGAUAAUGACGUUACUCAAUCUGACCACAGUUUUAGGUUAAUUAAUAAAUGUAUCUAGAAAUUCUGGCAAUAGAGACUCUGCAGUUCACUGUGGGCAUAGUUAAAAUGUUAUAGCAAUACCAUUUUUUGGUUUGAAUUACUGAAUUAAAUUUAGAGGUAGAAAUUUGGUAAAAUAUUAAAUACAUGUACAAUUGUGGUAAAAUAUUAAAUACAUGUACAAUUGCUUUUAGUUAGCAAUUGAUAGCAUGGGUUCCUCCAAGCUUUUGAGCAAGGGGCAGACUUUAAAAUUAUAUCAGAUUUUUUCACUUUGUUUAUUCUUUUAUAGUAACUUUGAAUAAAUUUUAGUGGCCAUUGUCACUCAAGUAAUAUUAUAUCUAGAUCUUUCAAAUUAAAAUACCUGAAUGAAGUUGUAUACAUAGAGGAUAUAUGUGGACAUUGACUUUUUCUCCUCUUGUACUCGUUUUCUUUUUUUAACAGCAACUGGAAAUUAUUUUCUGUAUUUCAUUUUAGCCUGUCUAUCAUAAAGAAUCGAUCAUUGUGUAAAUAUGUGAUUUGAACUGUGAUUGACUUACAAGUGUCACUGCAAUUUUUUAGAAAACAUAACCCCUAAUAUAUGUUAAACACCCACUCACAAGGCCUGGGUGAGCGAGUGGGCAUGUGCUUUGCUUAGAGAGGAAAGAAGCAGGAGGGCAGUCCAUCAUUUCUCUCAGGUGGACAAUUUACUGUCCUAAUAAGGAGGGGGAGCACAACGGAAAUACACCUGAACUGUUUUAUCGUAGUAAUUUUUUUCAUAUCUGAAAUUGUAUUAUUUAAUAUUUUAAAUAAGAUUUUAAAAAAUAAAUGGCAGAAAUAUCAA